CAACCUCCCGCUUUCGUCACUGAGCUCCUGUCAAGUGGAACUCGCAACAAGCGCUAAUACCCCCCAGUCGGUGGCUUUCUGCACCUUAAGUUCCUCCUCCCUACAUCUUACCUUGGCCUUGCACCUACACCACUAUCACUGUUUGGGCCAUGCCUUUGAACCUAGCUCGGUGCGGAGGGGGUGUUCUCCAACACCUCCAACUUAGCAACGCCUUUUCUCGCCCUGUCCGUCAGGCCAUCUCCCAGAGCCAUGUUCGGCGCAUGUCUCUGGCCACUCUCGGCCGCUUCGUGACCCCCAAUGUCAGAUACGCACCUGUCUCCGUUGCACUCUCCGGACACCUGACCAGCGGCUAUGCGACUGCCGCUUCCCCCAAGAAACGCACCACCAAGAAGACGGCACCCAAGAGCAUCGAGAAGGCGGCAUCCAAGACCACCAAGAAACCCCGGGCAAAGAAGGUCCUGACCGAAGAACAGAAGGAGGCCAAGAAGGAGGCCAAGAAGGCAAGCGACCAGAAGAAGCUUGUCAAGGAGCUGAAAGUAACCGCCCUGUCGCCGCCCAAGAGGGUCACAAACUACUUCACCCUGGCCAUGCUCUCGAAGUAUGAAGAAAUCAAGAAAGAGGGGAAUUUGACGGGCAAAGAUGCCUUCAAGGAGGCAGCUGAACGUGCCAAGACGAUCAGUGAAGCGGAGCGCAAGAAAUUUGUCGCUGCCGCCGCUGCCAACAAAGAAGCCUAUGAGGAAUCACUCAAGGAGUGGGUCAAAUCGUACACCCCCCUCGAAAUCAAGCAGGCCAACGCCGCCAGGCGAAGACUUGCACAGAUCCAGAACAAGAAGUUCUUCCCUAUUCAUGACGCUCGCUUGGUCAAGCGCGCCAAGAUUGCCUAUCUGUUCUAUGCUGAGAGCCGCCAUCAAGCCGGUGAUCUGAAGCACAUGCCUGUCCCCGAGCGUGGUGUGCAGAUUGCUGAAGAAUGGCGGGGCUUGACCGAUGCAGAGAAACAGAAAUAUGUACGUCAACAAGAAGCCGAUGUCGAACGUUACCAGCGCGAAUACAAGGAAGUCUACGGCGUGGAGGCUCCCUUUGUCGGAAGAAACACGUCUAAAUGAACAUUGUAACAUGUCUGCCAAGCAAUGGUGUUGGGCAUUUGUUUUAUUACCGGAUGGCUAAUGGUGUUUCAAGAUGGACUUUGGGCGAGUUCUGUGGUAACGGAGUCUACGGAAACUUGUCUCAGCUGCUUACCUGCAAUGUUCCACUCGGCUCUUGUAUUUCUCAUCUGUGACUUGACCUUUACCAGGGAGGAACUGUACGGAUUACACUGAGGAAAUAUCACAUUGACCGCCAUAGGAAGACUGGUUGGCUCAAUAAAGCCUCAUAGGUGCGAUAUGGUGACGUAUCCAAACCACGUGCGCGGGAGCGAUCUCCGCCAUCGUCUCACAUCAUCCAAGACUCGUAGU